UCUUCUUGCAGAAUUACAUGUCUAUCAUUUUCAUUUAUUAAUGAUAGUGAUAGACUUGUAUCCUAGUGUAUCACUGAUAGAAGUCUAUCACUAAUACGCUAUGAUACAAGUCUAUCACUGAUAGACACUUUGUCUUCUAGCACUAAUACACUAUUUUUUGCACAUUCUGCAGUAAUUUGGAAUUAUGAUUAAACUUCCCAUAGUAGUGUUUCACAGUGGACAGUGGGAUGAUACAAAUAGUUACUUGAAUUACAAGACUACAGGUGUAUUGGUUGAUGAGAUGAUGUCUUUUGAAAAUUUUGUGAGUUUGAUAUUAAGAGAAGUUCUAUUUGAUGCAUCUCCUUCUUCAAUACAACUGUCAAUUUUAUUGGAUUAUGGUAUCACUAAUAUUCAAACUGUGGUUCAAAUUCAAGAAGAUAAAGAUGUUACUUGGUUUCUAAGUUUAGUUAAAGGGCAAAUUACAAGACAUCCAUUAGUUGCCCAUGCUAUUGCUCAUGUCCCUGAUAUGGAUUUAGAAUGGUCUAGUGUUGUUGACAGUGGGAUGGAUAAUUUGUGUUCUUUGCUGCCUUCUUCUUCCAUUGAUGACGAUUUUCAAAUUCUUACGGAUAUUCAUGUUAGUAGCUUGUCUUCUACAUUUGAUUUGAAAGAAAAGGAUAUGUUUGCUAGCAAGGAAUUACUAUCAAAGUCAUUUUACUACAUUGCUAUAAAGAACAACUUUGAGUUCAAGACUGUGAGAUCAAAUUCUAAAUCUAUUGAGUUUAAGUGCUCCCAAGAUAAUUGUCCAUGGUAUGUUCGUGCAUCUCGUUACAAGGGUGGGGAAUUAUGGCGGCUAAGGAAGUAUAUUGCUAAUCACAAUUGCUCCAUAAAUGUUAUUCAAACUACUCAUAAACAAGCAUCUUCAUCACUGAUUAGUGAUUGUAUUGGAAAAGACUUUAGUUCUUUUGAUCGUUCAACUCCAAAUGAUAUUAUGAUUCACAUGCGUACUAAACUUGGUGUAAAUGUUAGCUACUAUAAAGCGUGGAGGGCAAAGGAACUUGUUAUGAAUUCUUUGAAUGGUGAAGCAAAAGAAUCUUAUGCCUUGAUUCCAAACUUUUUCAUGAAACUAAAAGAAAUUAACCCAGGUUCAUUCACUGCUUAUGAAACUGAUACAGAGGGACAUUUUAAGUACUGUUUUAUGGCUAUUGGAGCAUGCAUUGAAGGAUGGAAAUAUUGUAGGCCCAAUAUAUCAGUUGACGGUACAUUUUUGAAAUCUAAAUAUGGUGGAACUCUUUUGACAGCCUCAACAAUUGAUGGUAAUAAUCAAAUUUUCCCAUUGGCCUUUAGUAUUGUAGAUUCUGAAAAAUGA